CACUCAAGCCGCAGGCGAUUUCCUGCGUCACCUCCACUCUUAUGACCGUGCUCCCUAGAAAUAGCCUGUUAUUGUUGUCUGAGCGAUAUUAAAAAUUACUUCAACAGCUUUUAAACCUUUUCCAAGAUUUCAUAGUUCAAAUUGUUCCUGCAAUGUUUUCCAGAAAGAAGCAGGAGCCAGUUAAACAAAGAAAUCAUGAUUUGUCGCAGUUUGGUCUGACGGAGAUUCCUGACGACUUUGAUCCUAGUGCAGGCUAUGGAGACGAUGAUGCUGGUGAUAGUGACCUUGAAGCUGAAUUGGCUGCCAUAGCCGGAGGAGGAGGCUCCAAACCCAAAACGAAACCAAAGCCCAAGCUUGUGUCUGCUACCGACCUAGACAAAAUGAUUGCGGACAGCUUGCGUGAUGUCAGCGACGAUGACGACGAUGAUACUCUUGAAAACGAUUCCGAUCUGCUGGGUGAACUAAAGGAUAUCGGCGUUGAGCAUGAGGAUAUUGAAGAGGGGCCGGCCGCCCAAGCCGCUGUUUCUGAUGAGCAGCCGACACAAACCUUUCUUCCGACUACCACGGUGGACACAUUGGGCAUCAUAAAGCAACGCCUGGAAAUGUAUAAGGUAGCUGAGGCACAGGCCAAUGCAGCGGGAGAUGCUGGCAAAGCAAGACGCUUUGGAAGAGGUCUGAAGACCUUGCAAAACCUCCAUGAGCAAGCUUCAGCGGGUAGACCUGUUAACGUAGACGAUAUCCCACCCGAGGUCAGUGUUAAACCAGCUGCCAGCGUUGAUCCUGCGCCUCCAGCAGACGUUGAGCAGGCGACUUCCUCACCUCUGGUUCCCGGUCGUGCCGCUCCGGCGCUACCCUCGGCGACACCAACUGCCACUGCGCCAACGGCAUCCAACGAUUCCACAGCUCCAUCUGCAUCAUCAAAUCCUCUUGUGGAAAAAAUGCGUAACCGCCAAAACGAAUACAAGGCGGCUGCAUUACAAUCCAAACGUAGUGGAGAUGUGGCAACUGCUCUCCAGUUCCUCAAGGUGGUAAAACAAUUUGAUGUAGUGGUCAAGAUGUGUGAAGAAGGACAGGAAGUUGAUCUUAGCGAUAUGCCUCCACCGCCAUCUGAAUUUCUUGAGUUUUUGGCAACUAUGCAGGGGAAAUCUGAGGGCGAGCCUGCUCCGGCACCUCCUGCCGCACCAGCUUCCGCUCCAUCGGCACCUGUACCAGCGGCACCAGUGCCAGCAGCACCUCUUAGUAUACUGGAAGCACUACAACAGCGCUUAGAAAAGUACCAAUCAGUGGAGGCGACUGCCAAAGAGGAAAAUAACACCAGCAAGGCGCGUCGAUUUGGACGAAUUGUAAAACAAUAUGAAGAUGCAAUUAAGCUUUGCAAAGCUGGUAAGCCAGUGCCUUAUGAUGAACUGCCGGUACCCCCCGGCUUUGGACCUUUACCAACUGGUGAUGCGGCUCCUACUGCUGAAAGUGUUUCAAGUCCAUCACCGCCAACAUCUCCGACAUCUCCACCAGCGACUGCAACCACUUCAUCCGGAGGUACUCCAUCUAGCUCCAGUGCAGCCACACCCACACUUACUCGAAAAUCGCCAUCACCCCAAAAACCAAAAGAAUUGACCACACGCAUCUCGGGAAACCAACAAAAAAGUAACCUUGCCGAGCAGCAGAUGAAGCUGCUGCUGGAACGUCAAAAAGAGUUCAAGAUGGCUGCGAUAGAGGCCAAGAAAGCAGGAGAGAUAGAUCAGGCCAAGGAGUAUUUGAAGAUAUACAAGGGUUUCGAUUCCCUUUUGAAUGCUGCCAGUAGUGGUUUACCUGUGGAUCUUACGACACUUCCUGUUCCACCAUCCCAGCGCGAUGAUCUUGAGGCUUCUUUUGCCAUAGUUUCUGCCGAGGAGUGUGAUCCCGGCGAUACCAUCGGCGAAAUUGGCAUUCGGAUGGAGGAGCAACUCGCCAAGCAGUUGAUGAUGUGCAAAAAUACUAGAGACCAUCACAAGGCCAUGGGUGAUGUAGCUGGCAUGAAUCGGUUUGAGAAUUUAGCCUUAACCGUCCAAAAAGAUCUUGAUUUCGUUCGGUACUCCAAGCGCAAGAAUUUGGCACUUCCGAAGUUUCACUACGAGAAACGGAACUUUAACAUUGUUCACUGUAACACAGAUCUUACUGAUGGCGAGUUGGAGAUCGUUGUAGUACGUGGAAUCAACUAUAAUGUUCCCAAUCCAAAGGAAGUGGACACCUACGUUCGUGUGGAGUUUCCCCUACUUAAUGAUGAAUCUUUUAAGACUAAAACUAAUCUAGUUAGGGAUACCAGUAGUCCAGACUAUGACGAGCGCUUCAAGGUGGACAUUCAGCGCAGCAAUCGGCAGUUUCAGAGAAUCUUCAAGCGUCAUGGAGUGAAGUUUGAAAUCUAUUCUAGAGGCUGCAGUAUAGAUUGUUGUGGACUUAGUCGUAAACUGCCCAUAUGUUGUUUCAGGGGAUUUCUGCGAUCGGAUACAUUGAUUGGUACCAUAAACGUGAAGUUGCAGCCGCUGGAAACCAAGUGCGACAUACACGACACCUACGAUCUAAUGGAUGGUCGCAAACAGGUGGGAGGCAAGCUGGAGGUUAAGAUUCGGGUCCGCAAUCCCAUUCUCACCAAGCAGAUCGAACACAUCAACGAAAAGUGGUUAGUCCUGGAUGCCGAAGGCUGAAACGGUUAAAAACCUUAAAAAGUAAAUUGUUUUAUUUGGAGACAAAACUCCAUGGUUGUUAUCGAUUUAUGUGAGAAUUAAUUGGGAAUUAAUUAUAUUGGCCAAUUCCUUUCCAGGAUUAAGGCAUUUAUGUAUUACGAACACAACACACAUAAUAUAGUAUAUAUAUAUAUAUUUAUGUAUUUAUAUGAGAUAUUGGCGGCUUUAAGGCAAAGGCGCAAGUCCAGAAAUAUUACGCCAUGUAAAGUGAGUCCAUUCCAAAAUUGACAGACAAAGAAAAUAUGAACCAUAAGCGCCUGGCCUGAUUAUGUUUGGUUUCAUUUGCCUAAAUAUAGAUAUGUUUGUUAAACUACAA